CCGCCCGUAUCCAGCCUCAUCUCCUUCCUUCCAUACCUCCUCUGGCACCACUCGUCCCUUUGCUCCUUCGCUGAUUUCAAUCUCAUUCCGCGCUGUCGCCAUGAACAACAGCUCCCUCGACCCCGCUUACACCAGCCUCGGCUUCACCCUGGCCAACUCAAAGUACAGCUGUGUCCGCGAGUUCUACGUCGUCCACUUCUUCUUCGCCAUGGCGAUGGGCGUGCUCGGCGUCGUCUGCUUCGUGACACGGCUGAUUCCUCGGCUCAGAUACUUCCAUGCCCCGGUGGGAAGAGCGUACAUCAUCUCGCUCCUUGGGGCCACGGCCUCCUCACUGCUGAUCCACAACGAGGGCAUGCCUCUCGGCGUGCUGAUUUCGUUUUGCUGGGUCCUCGGCGGCACCGUCGUCGGCUGGCUCGCCAUCGUGCUCCAUCGGGACAUUCUCCACAACCGGGCCCUCAACGAGCUCGACCGCUCAAAGGCCGAGCUGCUCGGGCCGUCGUCCGAGAGCACCAAGGCCCAGCUCCAGCGCAUCAUGCGAUCCAUCGCCGAACGCAAGACCGCCCUGCAGCGCAUGCUCUCGUGGAAGGCCCUCCACGGCAUCCUGAUGCUCGUUUCCUGGGUGAAUAUCAUCGGCCGUAUCGGCGUUACCUUUGCGACCUUCCCGAAGCUCUCGUAUCCCGAGUUUGAGUGCUACACGUAUCCGGCAUACAAGCCCGUCAACUCGUCCUGGUACCAGUACACCCCCGGCUCGCCCAUUCAGUUUCUGCCAUCCGCGGACCCUCUCUACUCCCGCCUGCCAUGGGCCUAUUCCGAAGGCCGUUUCGGCACCAUCCUCCUGGUUGGGCCCUCCCUGGCUGGCUUUGUUCUGGGUCUCGUUUACUCGUACCUCUCCCGUCGCUUCGGCGGCUCUCCCAAGCUCCAGGCCGUUCCAGAAAGCGAUGCCGGAUCUCUGUGAACCUGCGCUGAUCAUCACUGUCGUGAUACGGUGCUCCAAUCUUGACGUUGUCUCAGCCGAGGACUCCCUUGACUUUGACCACAGCUCGUCCGCUUGUCACAUCCUCCUCCAGUUCUGCAGGUUUUUUGUAAAUACAAUCUAUUCGGUCCCAAUA